UUUCUUUAAUAAAUUUUGCUUUAAAAAUUCCCGACCCACGCUCAUUUCGAUUCACACAUACAUCCUCCGCCGCCAACCGAGCCAUUUGUCUUCCACUUGUUAUAUCCCUCUCUUGCCUUCCGAAAAGAGCAGCAAAAUCAAAUAAGGUUUCAGACCUUUUUAACAUAUAUAGGUUGAUUUAAACCCAGCUUCUUUAUCGCAGAGCUUCUUCCUUUCUGUUCUUAUCUUUUUGAUCAAGUCUCUGCUUGAUAAUGGCAACUAGGCUUCAAUUUGAAAAUUCAUGUGACGUUGGUGUCUUUUCCAAGCUGACCAAUGCCUACUGCUUGGCUGCAAUUGGAGGGUCAGAAAACUUCUAUAGUACUUUUGAGUCAGAGCUGGCAGAUGUCAUUCCAGUUGUUAAGACCUCUAUUGCUGGCACCAGAAUAAUAGGACGUCUAUGUGCUGGAAAUAAGAAUGGGUUACUUGUACCCCACAACACGACCGAUCAAGAACUUCAACACUUGCGGAAUAGUCUACCGGAUCAAGUCGUUGUUCGGCGCAUAGAGGAGAAACUAUCUGCUCUUGGCAACUGUAUAGCUUGCAAUGAUCAUGUUGCUCUGACACACACUGAUCUAGACAAGGAAACCGAGGAGAUAAUCGCUGAUGUUCUCGGCGUAGAAGUUUUCAGGCAGACAAUUGCUGGUAAUAUUCUUGUAGGGAGCUACUGUGCCUUUUCUAACAGAGGUGGCUUGGUCCAUCCUCAUACAUCCAUUGAAGACUUGGAUGAACUUUCAACGCUUCUUCAGGUUCCAUUGGUAGCUGGCACUAUCAACCGUGGGAGCGAAGUGAUAGCCGCUGGGAUGACCGUAAAUGACUGGACGGCCUUUUGCGGGUCAGACACCACUGCAACGGAGCUUUCCGUGAUAGAGAGCGUGUUCAAGUUGAGAGAAGCGCAACCUAGCGCCAUUGUUGAUGAGAUGAGAAAGUCAUUGAUUGAUACCUGUGUUUAAGCUUCCCCUUCCUUUGGUUAAUCAAAAAUUGAAGUCCUCCAUAUAAAUAUGGUAUUACACUGUUUUAUGUGAUCUCUGAAGUUUAUAUGAAAUGGUUUAAAAUGAAGAUGAGAAACAUAAUGUAAGUGUAAAUUAAGUGAGAUGUUGAUGUUUGAUGAAAA